AUUUAAACAGCACAGAUAUGGCUGAUACUCAGAAACUGGUUAGUCUGCGCACUUGCGAUAAUGUCCUACACAAAGUUCCUGAGCAUCUUACUCUCCAAAUGAGGACCAUUCGCAACUUGCUAUCUUGCAAAAUAUUCAGCGACACAGACACCGUUAUUCCUCUGCCUAAUGUUUCUUCGCAAAUGCUUGAGUUCGUGAUCAAAUGGUGCGAGGCGAUAGGGCCGGGGGAUAAGGCACUGGGAAGCAUGCAGUUGUCUACCUUGCUUACGGCCACACUGCCAGACCUGGAAGAAAGUGAACUCGUCUAUGAUCUGAUGAAAGCCGCGAACUAUUUGGAAAUCGAAAGCCUACUGGAGGCAACCACCCAGCAUGUGGCCGACGAGAUUAAUAACUGCAAUAGCCUUGAGUCUGUUUGUGAGCUCUUCGGUCUAGAAAAUGACAUAGGACCCGAUGAUGAGGAAGGGGAAUGGUGGUAGAAAAUGCAGCUUACGAACGUAUUAUUUUAGAACCGGAGGGAAGUAAAAUGCAUUUUCUACAUUUAAACAUAUACUGCA